CAACUCAUCACAUGACUUCUGUCUUGUGACCGACCAAAUAGCAGGGUGACGUUUUUUUAAGUUUGUCGAGGAGUUUUAGUUCGAAACUCCUGUGAAGAUUUUCCUCUUAAGGGAUAAGAUAAAUCGAUUUAUGGUUGUUAUGGCGUUUUUGUAAAAUAUUGACUUCGCAAUAGUCACCCAGGUCCUCGAGUGUUUGGUUCGGGGACGCUUUUGAGUGUGCUGUUGGGGACAAAGUUGGCGCAUGGAGGGCGGUGAAGUUCCAAUUUCCUUCGUCCAGCGUUCUUGGUUUUGGCAUCUGUCCUCAUAAUUAAAUAUUGUAUGACGCAAAAGGUAACAAAAAACAAACAGACAAACAAAAACAACCCGAUGGUAAUUUGGUGAGCGUGUUAACGUGUUACAUUAAUAGCCAUAAUAAAGAGGACGCGUCCCGUCGGGUAUGGAUAACAAGCCUCUUCUGCAAGAUAGACCCCCUGCCUACAACAUCGUACCGGGGGCGCUGGAUUAUGGGCAGCAGAACAACUACGGAGCGAUCCCACCGCAUGCUCCGGCACCCGGGGGCUUCCACUCGCCACCUCCGCCAUACCCGUUCCCAGAUGCGCAAGGUAAGCCGACGUCUGCGGGCUACCCUGCAUCUGUGCAGGCUGCCCCCGUAGGCCAACAACCAAACUAUGCCAACACGUACACCAUCAUUCAGCCCUCCGUAGUGGUCGUAGGAGGAUGCCCGGCAUGCAGGGUGGGGGUGCUGGAGGAUGACUUCACCUGUCUUGGGAUCAUGUGUGCCAUUCUGUUCUUCCCCUUGGGGAUCCUCUUCUGCCUGGCCCUGCGACAGAGGAGGUGUCCCAACUGUGGUGCCACGUUUGGCUAGAGGGACCAAACAGCAGCUGACCUUUAGGGCCCAGUGACCAUUGCUUGUUUGUUUGUUUGUUUGUUUUUGUUUGUUUGUUUUGUUUUAAAUCCUUGAUUUACACAAUGUCAUUAAAAGAUAUAAUUGCACAUCUUGUAUAAUAAUCCAAAUCAUUAUAGUGAACAGCCAUAUGGUUCCCCAAGAGGUUAGUGAAUUCUGAGUUUUCUACUUUUACAUUGCCUGGAAAGACAGACACUUAGAUUUAUUUGCUUUUUUUGGCAUGCAAGCCACACCUGUCUCAUCCAAUCACCUGUGCCUUUAAGAUGGCUAUGAACUUUAGGCUGCAAAAGCAUGGAGACCAUAAAUGGACUUGGCAAAAAUAAGAACACCACCACAAUUAAGACCAGUUCAACUUGCAUACCAGUUCAACUUCUAAUGAUGACUCAGCCUGAGUAAACUCAUGUGUCUGAGUGAGGUAAUUACCUCACACUUCUGGCCUGUUUCUCCUACUGAGGAAUUUUCAUUCUCUGUUAUUAAGAGAUGAGGAUCUAAGCUGCCUGCUGCUUCGCAAGUAUAGGGAUUUGAAUCGGCGUAACCGAUCUUGUAGGCUUUGUUCGCAGGGCUGAACGUCUUUUCCACAUUUACAUCACAUCCUGCUUCUAGAUGACCAAACCACUUCCUCUCUGUUCUCUGUUCAGGCUUGCCAGUUUUGCUUCCUUUACCAUUACCUUCACACUGAGCGCCUGUGUCCUCUGUAACGUAACGGUUACAGUGGUGCUUGUAAGCAUGAGAUGUUUGUCUAACCUAAAAAUGUCUGUCGCUUGGGGAAAUGGCGUGGGAGUGGCCUCUGCUGUGUCUCAGGAGCCACACUGUGAUUAGCACUGUACUAGUGAUCAGUACGGGAUGGUCAGUCAUUCUGAAAUGAUCUCCUGUGUGAGCAAAUGAGACAGGAAUGUCAGUGUGACCCAGAGGUAAUGGAUAUGUGCUGUUUUUUUGUGGGGAGGGAGGGUUUGCUGUACCUCUCCCAAUGAAAGACAAUCAGUAUAGAAUGAAUGUUUUCUGUGUCCCCCCCCACUCACUGUAGAAUCUCAUGACUUUGCCACAAUGAUGAUGAUAAUUCAAUAUUCAGUAUAGGUUUAUUUGAUCUGCUUAAGAACACUACGCACGCUGUUAUGAUCAUUCAGAUUUUUUUAUAUGACAUAAUGUAAAUAAAAUUCUAUGAAUGCUA